UAUUUUAAGGAGGAUGUGUGCAGUGGCAUGUGAGAUGAAAUCAAUCUACGAAGGACAGUCAACCGUGGAUUAUUGGAGUGGAUUUAUAAAUAACAGUUAAAGGGUGUUAAUAUCGUAGCUAAGUGAAUUAGGUGCAAUAUUUGGUGGUGCAUUCAUGAAUAUAGAAGAGAGCAAGACAAAUUUGAAUAUGGAAUCAAGUAAAUCAUUUUUCAUACGGGAUUUAUUAGGCGAUCUUAUCUCUGGCAGACAAACCGAAUCGCAGCAGGGAGGCCUUGCAUCGGAAACCGACGACGAUGACGACAACAGUGACAUCGACAUCGACAUUGAGGACCGCUCUUCACCGGAAUCGACCUUGGCUUCUGGUUACCCACAUGUACAUCAUUCCUACCAACAGCACCCGCAACUGAUAGCUGGUAACCAUCACCAGGGUAUUGUUUCGGCCAACGGACCAAUCAAUGGCUCUGAGGCACCGAAUGGUUUGAUCAUCAAGGCAGGACGAAAACCACGGCGAAGGCGGACUGCCUUCACCCAUGCCCAGCUUGCGUAUUUGGAGAGGAAAUUUCGAUGUCAAAAAUAUCUAUCAGUAGCAGACCGGAGCGAUGUGGCAGACGCUUUGAAUUUGUCAGAAACUCAAGUGAAAACGUGGUAUCAGAACAGAAGAACCAAAUGGAAGCGCCAAAAUCAACUCCGGCUAGAACAAUUACGGCACCAAGCCACCAUGGAGAAGGAACUGAUCAACAAUCAGGAACCGUCGGCUAAUUCCAUUCAAUGUUGCCCCACCUCGUUGUCGUCGUUCACACAAAAUCCGUGCAAUUUUCUCACGUCGGCCGCCGCAGCGGCAAUUUUCCGCAAUGUCUCCUACGCGCAUGGUUGUCCCCUAUAAUUUUAUCCUCUCCCGUCCUCCGAUCGCUUCAAUGAAAAUAUUAUGACUGAUUUUCGACACACCGCAAAUUAGAGGAACUCAUCAUGUAUUUUGGUGUAAUUUAUGUGUAUAGGAUGGUAAAUUGUAAAUAGCUCGGUGUUUGUUACGACAAAUAAUAAUAAAUCUGUAAUGAUUAUGGAUACAAAAACUCUGCAAACAAACUUCUUCCCUACUCUUGAGACUGACUGUUUCA